GGUUGGAAUCAAAGUCUGUCUUCUGAUCGCCGUGUUGAAUUUAACAAAACAAUUAAUUUGCACUUUUCUCUUCAAACAUCGAGUAAAAAUAUUAAAUUAAUUUCCUCAUAAUUGCGUGAAAUGGAGUCACCCACCUCGGGGUUGGGCAUCAUUCCCGAAAAACAAUUGAAAAUUUGGAAAAUCUUUCGCAACGUGGGACCGGAUGGAGAGGAGAUUUUGAAAACGGCAAAAUUGGCACAUUCUGCCGACUACAGGCGUGGAUUCGUCGUCACCAUGAACGACGAAACUUAUUCCUUCUUCCGAAAGGAUUCUCUUGGCGGCGGUGUUUGCACGAUUUCCAAAAUCGACGAGCUUUCCGGUGUCCGGGUUAAAGAGUUUUUUACUGGAACAAUCAACUUUGCCAUAACGGACGAAGGACGCCUCUUCUCCUGGUUUAACGAGCUCGAUACAAAUGAGUUCUACCCUCCCCACCAUAUCCAUCAAUUAGGCCGAGGCAACUACGUCUCUGGUAUAAAAGAGGCGGAUCAAAGAGACCUGUUUUGUCGCCCUGCCCUCGUGACGGGAAGUCUGACGGGGGUCAAAGUGCGUCAAAUCGCGUUGCAAGGAUGGACUGAGACGUACACCGUGGCGGUCAGUGUGGGUGGGGAGGUCCAUCACUGGGGUGCAACUUAUGGAAGUGGCUCUGAACAUCCCUGGAUACCAAGUUUGAUUCCCAAGGAACACUUUGACUACCAGGAGGUCAUCUCUGUCACGUGCAGUGACCGCAUGGGCGUCGCCUUAACGUCAAAAGGAGAGUUGUUUCAAUGGGAAGUGGGUGAUAAGGUGCCCAAAAAAGUCUUUGCGUGCUAUACAUUUAAAAAGAUAACGGGAAACAGCGACUUUAUUUUUGCACUCACUGUUACCGGAGAGAUGCAGUAUUUGGAACCAUUAUUUCCAUGGUGGAGAAGGCCUCCCCGCACGGUUGAAUGGAUGACGAUCGAAUUCGAGGAUCACAAAAUUGAAGAUAUCGCGUCCUGCAAUGGGGAUCAAAACGUCGUCGUGGUCGAGUUGAAGAAUAGCAAACGCUUCGCGUUCCAUUACUGUGAAGGAGAAAACCACGAAAUUCCGGCCUUGCCCACAUUUACAUUGCCCAGUGAUGCGUCGAUGGAUGGGCUUUUUGCGAAAUAUGGGGGCACAAGUUAUCGCACUAUUUCGGUGCAGAUUGAACCACCGCCACGACGCAGGGUGAAGGAUGACAUUUGCGAUUUGUGGGAGAAUAAGAAACAUGCCGACGUUGCAUUUUCCGUGGAGGGUAAAGUCAUCACGGCACACAAACUCAUUCUUUCCGGAAGAAGUGAAUAUUUCGAAAGAAUGUUCAGCAAAGAGUGGAAUGAGGCUAAUCCUCAGAAGGGAGCGAUUGAGGUUAAGGACACGAAACAUGACAUCUUUGAAGCGCUGCUCUUCUACAUUUACACGGACAAGAUCAAAUUCGAGGAGGACGAGCAUGAAAAUAUUUUUGAACUGAUGAAAUUAGCUGACUAUUAUUGCCUAGUCGAUAUUCGUCACGAAUGUGAGAAAAUUUUGAUCAAUAACAUCAACCCGGAAAACGCUUUCUUUUUGGCGAAAAACGCUUCAUCCGCGAACGCUUUGACAUUGGAAGGGAAGGUAAUCAAAUUUAUUGUGGACAAUCAACUCCUCGUGGACAUUUCGUCGCCUCAGGAGAAGAUCGGCUUGGUGGGGAUGAAAGUCUUCCAACAAAUCUAAUCAUACAUAAGUGGUCUGAGGAAUUUUAAGAGAUUAAUAAAACAAUAGUGG